AUGGACGCCAUUAGAAAGCAGCUCGAUUCUCUUAUGGGAGCCAAUCGAAACGGCGACGUAACGGAGGUGAACCGCAAGUACUACGAUCGCGACGUCUGCCGUUUGUUCUUAUCGGGGCUUUGCCCUCACGAUCUCUUCCAACUGACGAAGAUGGAUCUUGGUCCUUGCUCGAAGGUGCACUCGUUGCAGUUGAGAAAGGAAUAUGAAGAAGCCAAAGCAAAAGGGGGUCAUAAUUUUGACAGAGAAUUGGAGGAUGUAAUUGACAGACUAAUUGUUGAGUGUGAAAGAAAAAUUCAAAGAGCCGUCAAGCGUUUGGAGGAGGCAGAUGCUAAGGCUGCUGUUGCAAUAUCUGUAUCUGAGGUUACCCAGUCACCUGAGAUAACGGAGUUGUCAAAACAGAUCAAGGAGAAAUUGAAACAAGUUGAUGCUUUUGAUUUGGAAGGCGAAACUGACAGUAAAAUUCGGGCCAUUGAAGAACUAGAAGAGCUCAGAGUGAAGAGAGCUGAUAAACAGUCUAUGCUUCUUCUUGAUGCUUUUAACAAAGACAGAGCUUCUUUACCACAACCUCUCCAGAAUCCUCCUCAGUUAGCACCUUUGCCAGCUCUUGUUCCUCCAGAUCCUCGUACACAGGAAAUGAUUAAUGAGAAGCUGAAGAAGGCAGAAGAUCUUGGUGAAAAAGGUAUGAUAGAUGAGGCUCAGAAGGCAUUGGAAGAGGCUGAAGCUCUUAGAAAGUUAGGUGCACGGCAGGAUCCAGUUCAAGACUCCUCAAAGUAUACUGCUGUAGAUGUGCGAAUUACUGAUCAGAAGUUACGCGUAUGUGACAUAUGUGGAGCUUUCUUGAGUGUCUAUGACAGUGAUCGUCGUUUGGCAGAUCAUUUUGGAGGGAAGCUUCACUUAGGCUAUAUGCAGAUUCGGGAGAAAUUAGCAGAAAUGCAGGAGGAGAGGACUAAAAGCCGAAAGAGAGAUCGAUCUGGUGAUGAUAGAAGGUCAGUUGAACGAAGUCGGGAUAGUGAUAGAGCAGCAAGCAGAGACCGAGAUGGAGAUAGAGGUGGAGGUGGAGGCUACAGCGAUAGAGGCCGUGAAAGGGAUGGAGGUCGAUCCUACAGUUAUGAUUCAAGGAGCCGGCGUAGAUCACGUUCUCAAUCAAGGGAUCGCACAAGAGAUCAGGAUCGUCACAGGCGUCAUCUGUAUUAAGCUUCGUUCCACGAGAAGAGAGCUUGAGGUUUCACGGUUCCAAGCCAUGCUGAUAACUGUAGUGAAUCCUUUUUCCAGCUUGCCCUGAUACUGAGUAUGUGAGUCUUGAGAACAAGUCUUUUGUAAACUUCAAGUUAAAUUUAGAGCAGGACAUGGCCAAAGUUUGUGCAAAGACAUUUUCUAUCACACUAUAAUCUGCUCCAAAAACUAGUGUGCUAGUUGAAGCUUUCUCAGUUACUGUUAAAGUUUUGUAAACAUCCGGUUGUUUUCUUAGUAUCGUUUUGACUCGUCGUAGUUUUCAACUGGAAUCAACAAGUUUAUGUUCUGAUUUUGUAGUUUUCAACAGGAAUCAACAAGUUUAUGUUGUUCUGA